CAAUUAUGUUUUGAUGGGCGAGAGGGCGGGGCUUCGGAUGGGCAUGGGGGCGGAGCCUCGGAGAUAUCUUGACAGGAGGGUCUUGACAGGAGGCUGCUGUCUUUUAGGAGAGCUGGGUCCCUGGAUGUCAGAGCUGAGGGGGCAUGCAAACCAUGUGAGUAGCAGCCCACACCAGGCCCCGAGGUCUACUAUGGAAGAAGUUUCGCUGGUGCACCCUAUCUGAGGCUGAACAAAGAAAAUGUUCCCACCUGGCGCGGACUCUUCAGUCUGUGCUACCUUCAAACAACCCGUUUUCCAGGGUCUCCUGCGUCCGAGCGCAUAAUACACAGGAUUGUAUGAUCAAGAUCAAGGGAAACAAAGCAGAUGCGGUGUCCUUGGAUGCUGGAGAUGUCUAUACUGCCAUCAGAAAUUAUGACUUGGCAGUAGUAGCAAAGGAACAACAUGCAGAAGGGAGCUGCGUGUUUUCAGUCGCUGUUGCCCGUCGUGGCGACCUGAAUAUUCGGAAUUUAAGAGGAACCCGUUCCUGUCACAGUGGAGCCCGUUGGACAUCAGGUUGGAAUAUUCCUAUGGGAUUCCUGCUGUCCAAGAAUCUUCUAUAUUGGGAUGAAGAGGAGCCAUUGGCUAAAGUUGUCAGUGGUUAUUUCAAUGCAAGUUGUAUUCCUGGAAUUGGAGUCUCCUAUCCAAGCUUGUGUGAACUUUGCCAGGGAUACAAGUCUUAUGUACGGGAAAAGAAUCAAUUCUGUGAGACCAGCAGCAAUGAGCCAUUUUUUGCUUCUGAUGGUGCUUUCAGGUGUCUGAAGAGCCGUGCAGGGGAUGUUGCAUUCCUGGAUCACCUGAGUAUAAUGAGUGCAACAGAUUCAGAACUGGAGCAGUUUGAACUCCUAUGCCCAGAUGGAUCAACUGCCAGUCUUAAAUCUUACAAAUCCUGCAAUUUGGGGCAGGGUCCCAGCAAAGCCGUUGUCACCAGAGGACACAUGCAAAGAAUCACUAAGCGAUUUCUUACUUUGAUUCAGAAUUUAUUUGGUAGAGAUGGGAAACACAAGAGCCGCCUUUCUCUCUUCACAUCAGAAACCUUUGGUGGGCAGAAUCUUCUUUUUCAUGACUCUACACGAGGAUUGCAGGUGCUGGAAGAUGAUGUGGAGGUGACUGGGAUCCUUGGACUGGACUAUGUGGCUCUGUUAAAGGGCCUAGGUCACGAAGGUAUCUCUCUGGAUCAAAGCGUUAUCCGUUGGUGUUGUAUCAGUUCAGCCGAGCUGAGGAAGUGUGAAGACUGGGCGCUGAGAGUAAGGACAGAUCCACUGGUCUGUGUCCAAGCAACUUCUCUAUCUGGAUGCAUUGAGAUGAUCAAGGGCAAUGAGGCAGAUGCUGUGUCGUUAGAUGCUACUCAUGCAUACAUUGCUGCCAGUUGUGGUCUUCAGCCGGCAGCAGUGGAAUACUGGGGUGAACAUUCUGACUGUUUAACAGACCCACAUCAGCUGCUGCACCGCAUGUCAGAGAGAGGGUUCCCUGGUCUUUAUGCUCUGGCUGUCACAAAAAAAAACAUGAAAGCUGUAAGUCUCCUUGAUCUCGUCGGGCGUCGUUCAUGCCACGGUAAUAAAUACAGCCCUGCGGGGUGGCUUCUACUCUCCAGAUAUACAGUGCGGGCACCUGGAAAUCAAACCUGGGACUGUGACAUUAACACAGCUUAUGAAAACUAUUUCUGGAAGGGGUGCAUGCCCGGAGGAGAACAAGGCCUAUGCAAAGUGUGUGUGGGCUGGAAGGAGGGUGGCAGAGUCAAUGGGAGAUGUGCAGCCAAUCAUGAUGAGCGUUAUUACGGCAACAUGGGCGCCCUCAGGUGUUUAGUUGGAGACCCAGAUAGCCGCAGCUAUGGAGAUGUUGCAUUUUUGGAGCAUCACUCUGUAGAAGAUAACAUUGCAAAUCUGGAGAGCUCUGGUUGGGCUCAAGGUUUUAGCACUUCAGACUUUGAACUCUUGUGUCCAGAUGGUGAAAGAGUCCCACUAACAGACUGGAGCCACUGUAACUUGGGUGUCAUCCCACCCAACGUAGUGAUGACUCGUCCUUUAAUUGCGACCAAAAUCUAUGACUUCUUAAUUAAAUCUCAGGAAUAUCUUAGACAAGGUGAUGACUCCUCAUUUCAGCUCUUCAAAUCCUUCCAAGCCUAUGGAGAGGGUGAUCUACUUUUUAAAGAUUCAACAUCUUGCCUCCUUCCAGUUGGUCAUAGCGGGCUUCAAGAUAUACUAGGAGAAAGCUUCAUUGAGCUUGCAGACUCUGUGUUUGGCUGCACAAAAGCAGCUAUCUUAGAUUUCUGCAAUUCUGACAUAUGUGCAGACAUGACCAAUUAAUCAAGCAAUCUAACAGAGCAAACAAGUCAUCUGGUGUCUCAAAUCCAUUGUGAGGUUUUUCUGGCCUAUGUCUUUGUCUCUUGUAAUUGCUAUUUGCACGUUUGUGAUGAUUUAUGAUAAGUUGUGAAUUAAAAUUACUAUGGGCUCUGGGCUGUGCUAAAGUCAUGGCCUCUAUGUCAAAAUUCAGUAAUAGCUAACGUUACCAAAGGAAUUGCAAUACACUCUAAAUAUUUCUAGAAGCACAUUUGGGACAAUUUACUAAACUUUGACUUAUCACUAGGGUGGCCAAUCCCAGGAUCGUGAUCGGCGGGAUCCCUGGAUUUAGGCCAAAAAUAGGUCGGGAGUCAAUCCCGGGUUUGGAAGCUCCAAUCCCGGGGAUUGAGGGAUCAGGCAGCCCUUUAAUGCCGGGUAGCGUUGAGCGUCCUCAGGAUGAUCAACGCUGCCCGGCUCCCAGCUCCCCCUGCGCAGCGUGACCCCUGAUUCUGAGGUCACGCUGCGCAGUCACCAGCGGCCCGUCACCCGCCGCUGCUGAGACCAAUGGUACCUGUCGCCUCCUCCUGCUGACAACACAGCGCAGUCACCAGUAGCCCGUCACCUGCCGCCGCUGAGACCGAUGGUACCCGCCGCCUCCUAUGCAGACAACACAGCGCCCACAUGAAGUUUUCACACCCACCCACCCCUGCAGUAUGGUAAAUUGAUUUAUGUUUGCAGGAUGGGUGGGGAGAGGCGGGGCGGGCGGACACACAGUUAAGAAAGCCAAUCCCGGCAAUCCCGGGAUUGACCAUUUUUCAAUACCUGGGGUUGAAAAAAAUGGCCCGGAAUUGGCCGCCCUUCUUAUCACAGACCUUUAUUUUCAGUGGUUAUUACUGUGUGAUUAAAAACAUUAAUACUAUUAAGUGCAAGAGACACCUGGAUUUGCAUUGAAUGGUAUUAAUAAUAAUGAAUAGUGCAGGCAAAAUGUAGAUAAUAGGGGCUUUUCAACACGUUUAGUAAAUACAUCUCUUAUGAAGUUGAAUGGAAAAUAUUUUGGUUCCAUUACUGCCAUGUGAUUCCUACCAAAGUUCUCCUAUUUUAUUCCACAACCAUUUUACUUUCAGUGUUGUAAUUGUUUGACAACUACUUUAAUAAUGCACUUUUAUUUUUUUUAUACUAUAAAACUGCUUCUAACCUAAUUAAAAUGUAUCAUUGACAACAGUGAGCCAGAUUACAACUGCAGCUGAUUUACCUGUAUCUGAUGUGGCAUUAAGAAUAAAAAUUAUUUAAUACAUUUUA